AUGUAAAAAAGCGCCCACAAGUACAUACCUAUCGUAGUGGACCUUAGCCGAAAGCUUCACCACUUGGGCAAGAAGCUCUGCUUGGAGGUCCGAUUUCCUCCUUCGCAAAAGAAGGCAAGCUUUUUUUCUCCUUCGCGCGAGCCGCUUUCAUCAUUCACCCACACAAAAUUACCACCGCCCAAAUUUCCCAAAACAACCGACAAACUGACGAAUAGGUUCUUGUUGCCUCCCCCAGCUUUAAUUAAUCGCGGGGAUUCUCAACUUCCGUCUACCUGUCUCUAUAAUCCCGACGACACGUAUCUACUACUUGCGUCCCCGUGCGUCGUGCGUUAUCCCUGCGUCGCUCGCUGUAAAUUCUACAUACUACAGUUUUACGUACUUCGUAGCGCAGCGCAAGACGUCGGCUUCCACCACCUACGCCAGCCUAGGCACGCUAGACAAUCCUGCAGCCUUAUCUCCGCAUUCUUCUAAUUUCAACCAUCCCGUUCCGUCCUUUCGAUCAAACUUCCUCUGCUCGCGCUCGACGUCGACCGGUCAAUCAUUGCCACAAAGUUUGCGUGCAGCUGGUACCCGAUCAAAACAAGUAGCCAGGGAUUAUCUUGCUAUCCCAACGGAUUGUCUCGUGUCAUCAUAUAUUCUCAAUAGCUAGUCCUCCGACAACACAGCCGUCAAGAUGUCGGGCGAGGCGUGGUUAUACCUCUUCGCCGUGCUCAUAAAUGCCGUCAACCUCUUCCUCCAGGUAUUCUUUACGAUUAUGUAUAGUGAUUUAGAAUGUGAUUAUAUCAACCCUAUCGAUCUUUGCAACCGUCUCAACACCUAUAUCAUCCCCGAAGCUGCCGUGCAUGGAUUCUUGACCUUCUUGUUUCUGAUUAACGGAUACUGGAUGGCACUAAUUUUGAACUUGCCACUACUUGCCUGGAACAUCAAGAAGAUUGUCGACAACACUCACUUACUAGACGCAACUGAGAUCUUCAGGAAACUCAAUGUUCACAAGAAGGAAUCAUUCAUCAAGCUUGGCUUCCAUCUGGUCAUGUUCUUUUUCUACCUAUACAGCAUGAUCGUCGCCUUGAUCAAGGACGAGACGAAGUAAGCGAUUGCAUGUUGAGAAGAGCAUGAUAAUACACAUGACCGAUGUGGGACGGCUCUGACGGAAAUGUACCUCACGAGCCACGAUUACUCAGUCUCACCGGGUGCCUAGUGGGGAUAGUGUUCAGUCUAGGCAACUUUGGGGACGAGUGUUAAUGCUUGUGGAUUGGCUUGGACAUGGAUUGAUGAACGAGUUGACGGGAUUUGGAGGGAGCAAGUCCGGAUGAAGGACGGGAUGUGUCUCCAUCGAAGUUGCGCAAAUCUGUUGAGAUGGAAAAUGGGAAUGACGAAAAGGAGAGCUUAGGAACAGCUCAGGCACAAGGAAUUCAUGAUAUGUGCGCUUUCGUCAAACUACCAAUUUCCAUAGAUAAUGAAAUUAUAAAUAAUACCCUGAUUAUUCAUGAAUGAAUUAGAGCAAAGUUUGAAUAUGCAAAA